AUGUCUGUUUUAGUUGCCUAUGCUUCAGCAAAAGGCUCGACUGGCGAGAUUGCAGAGCGCAUCGCCGAGAAGCUGCGGGAAUCUUGUCCCUCGACGACGGUGAAGUGUUCGCCGAUCAAUGCGGUCGAUGUCACAUCCCUACCCUCCUACUCCGCUGUCGUCGUAGGCAGCGCGAUCCACAUGGGUUCAUGGUUAAGCCCUGCCCGCCACUUCAUUCACAAUAAUGCAACCGUUCUGAAAGAAAAGCCGGUGUGGGCUUUCAGCGUUGGUAUGCCGCCAAAAGAAGAAGAUCGGAGGAAGGAGGAGCAGAUGAUGGAAGAGAAAAUCCGGAAGACGUUGCCAAACCUACGUCGCCAUGAGUUGUUUGAAGGUCGCUUCAACGAGAAGGAUCUGCCCUGGUUCGGGCGCGUGAUCAUUUCCUGCUGCAUACCCAAGGAGAAGACCAAAUUUGGAGACUCAAGAGAUUGGGUCGAAAUCAAUGCGUGGGCGGAGGGUAUUGGAAAGGAUAUUAGUGCUCUUUCUGGUGGAGGGACUUGA